CACCGACCAACGAAAGCAAGGGUAGCUGCUCGGCAAUUAGUUUCUUUUGACGUGUAAAGUUAAGCAAUGACCUUCUCCCGCUUCGUGACCAUCGGCCGUGUGGCCUUGAUCAACUACGGCCCUGACUCUGGCAAGUUGGCCACCAUCAUCGACGUGGUCGACGAAAACAAGGCUUUGGUCGAAGGUCCUUACAGCGUCACGGGCGUGAACCGCCACGUGAUCUCGUUCAAGCGCUUGGCGUUGACUGACUUGACCGUCAAGAUCCCUCGCCAAGCUCGCGAAGCCACGUUGAAGAAGGCGUUGGUGAAGGCCGACAUCUUGAACAAAUGGGCGGCCACCGCCUGGUCCAAGAAGACCGAAGCCAAGAAGACCCGUGCCGGUUUGAGCGACUUCGGCCGCUUCAAGAGCAUGAUCGCGCGCAAGCAAAAGUCCGCUUUGAUCAAGAAGGCGAUUGCCACUGCCAAGAAGAACUAAACACAGGUGGAAUGGUAGUAGUCACUUGCUUAACCGUGUUGGGUUUGAUUUAUUGUGUACAAGGAGUGCCCAUGCUCCUAGCUACUGCAUAGAGCGAGCCGCCCAUGGUCAAUAAUAUAACGUCGAAUGAUCACAUGGUCGCCUCCACGUUUGUUUGGAA